UUCAAUAGCAUGUAUUUUUUUCCUGAACUCUGUAUUUUUACUAUAAUCAGUCUGAUGAGCUAUUACUCCAAAUGGUUUGAUUCCAGCAAAAAGAAUGAACAACUUGAAAAUGGGCUUCAUGAAGAAAAUAAGCAACCUCAACUAUAGAUACUUGUAAUUCCAACAAUUGUGAUUUCAUCUCUUAUCUCUCCACUGCAUAGCUUCCCAUCCUAAGUAAUGGAAAUACAUUUGCAGAUCUGGAAUAAGCUGUUAACCUGCAACAACAAAAACCUAUGUUGUCUGAAUGUAUAUUCACACUUGUUCUUGUAGUAAGUGACACCUAAAAAUACUGUAAUAUUAACAUAAUUCAAAAAAAUGUAUUUUCCCAUUUUUACACUCUGUACGCUCUAACAUUUUGGAGACAGACAAUUUCUUAUUGUUUCCUACACCAUCUCUUUAUUACUGAAAUGGUCAGAAAAAUAAUAUAAAAUAGGCAACUGUGAAGUGAACUACUCUUUCUGACAUUUCAAAUGUUUAGUUCAUAUUUACAGCACCGCUUAUGUAUUUUCUCUUGUUGAUUUUCCACAGUCUCGUAACAAGUUAUAUUAAAUACAUUAAAAAAAUUCUUCUUCUGUUAUAGUCAGAUGUUACGUUGACUUCAUGACAUCUGCUCACCUGUAGAGCGAGCUGCUGUUGGAAACUAAGUACCUAUGACUUUUAGGAAUACAAUACAAUUCUAUUGGAACAGAAGGGACAUUUACUGUUCUCAUUAAUUGCAGGUGAAAAGUAUUAAGUCUAUUCCAACUGAGAGUAGGUUCAUGCUGUUAAGUUAGUUAACUUAGGUUCAUGCAGGUUAAGUUUCAGUGGAUAGCUGCACCUUUUAUCAUUCACAUACGACCACUGUAUUUUUACUUGCUUGAAAACUGAAGGAUCAUUACAUUUUAUCCUUUAGAUUUUAAUAAAAGUGUUUAAAGCAUAUUUUGUGACCUAUUUUUUCUUGUGAAAGUUGCGACUUAGUAACUUAUUUCAUAAAGAUUCAAAUAUCUUUGAGAUACCUUACUUAUUUCUUUUAGUGUAAUUAUUUUAAAGUAAUUGUGUAUCUUUUAAAAUUAAUUUUAACUACUGAAGUUAGUGUUCUGAUUACUAUAAACAUUAGCAGUUUACUGACUUUUCUUCCACCACAAGGCAUUCUGUGUGUUUACUUGAACAGAGGGAGAAACAGAAUGUACUUCUGAGAUGAAGUGUGUCACCAUGAAAAUUAAAUCUGAAUGGUAAAAAUUUCCUUAUUUUAAAACUGUAAUCCAACACAUGAAAACAUCAGAAAAAUCUGUAUUUAUCAAAUUAAUUUUAAAUAAGAAGCUAGACGUUUCAAAAUACUGAAACAGCACUGGGACAUAUCCUGCAAUUUAUGAAUUGCUAACUAUAGAGAUACAUUUCAAUACAUACCAAAAUUUGGAGUUGCGCGCUGUGCAAUUUUCAUUACAACAACUGCAUUAUUCUCACACAAAGUGAAAGUGCAUCGUUACAUUUUGCUUCAUAAGUCAGCAGUAUUUUACCAUACGCAUGAUCCUUUAGGAAUAAAGCAUUAUCAUCUUUUGCUUCCCUGUUCUCUCCCCUCCAUCUAACUCUCAGUGCAAAUUUGAACCUCAUUUUUUUUCUUUACGAUAACGACAUACAAAAUAUUAAUUUGAGGGAAGACAUAAAAAAACAACAGAAGAGAUGACAACUAAAAAAGAAGCAAAGCACUGCAAGAAGGUAUGCAAUACUUUACAUAAAAAUCCACUGUUGCUUCUUUAAUUAUGAAAUUUCAUGAACCUUUCCAUUGAGAGAUGCUAUACAUUCCUGUGAAGAAGAUUUAAUGCCGUAUGUUGUUAUGCAAAUAAUCUUGAAAUUUUACAGAAAGGCAGUUCGUUUGACAGAGACAGAAGAAUUGGUGUAGCUCAUCAAACUGCAAGUCCAUAUCCUGUCUAAGACAAUGACCAGCACCAGAUGAUUCACAGGAAGAACCUUCCUAGUCCCUCUGUUGUUGACUUCUGACCUGAAGCAUGUGUAUUAUAUCACUUUUUUUUUUUCUUCUUGGCUACAGGAUCUCUGGCUGGUUUUAUUCAUAUAAAUAAUAUCUCUGCUAUGCAAAAGGAUUACUGAAAGAGGCUCUAAAAGACUUAAGAGUACGUGUCCAAAACAACGAAGCUAGCAGGUACAAACCACAUUUUUUGUGGAGAAAAUAAAUAUAUUUAAGAAAUAUAUUAUUAAUAUAUAUUUCUUAUAUUAAUAUACUUUAAGAAAUAUAUUAUUAUAUGAAGACUUUAUAUUUUAUUAAAUUUUAUUACAGCAAGCUCUGCACUGCAAAACCAACAACUGGGCUGCAACCAUAACCACUAUUUGCAGAGCAGAUACCAAAUAUUAAGCCCAAUGCUGUUAGCAGUUUGUAUGCCACUUAAGACAAAAAAGCAACACUGCAUUUGCAGCCCUAGUGGAAUUCCACUGGAACAGUUACACUGCCUUUCCGUAUGUAACGCAUUCCUUGUCCUUUAAAGGGUAUGCUAUCUUAUACUUCAGAAGGAUUUCUUUCUUUUUUCCUCCUGUAAUUGAAGAGUAUUGUUUACUGCCGAUUUAAGGCUUGUUUUGAUGAAGACAGAGCUGAUGAGGCACUCAAGAGCUUGUAUUAAAUCAAUAAUAGACAGAAGUGGGCAGCUUGUAUAUGCACUGUGGGAUACACUUGUUCCAUAUUUAUCUUUCAUGUUUUGAGAGAAGGUUACAAAUAUUUUUAUAUAUAUACACACACAUAUAAAAGAGUGUGAGCGAGCAAGCUCACAUUCCAAGAGAAGUUUUCUGGCUAUGUCAGGACCGAAGUCCACCCCUUGCUAGACAAACCUAUUUUUUUUCAAACACAAGAGGAUAUUAUCAGAGAAGUCCGUGCUGAUAUACAGAAACCAGAGAUCGUCAUGGCUCGGUGAGGUGAUGAGCUGACGGGUGGAUGGCGCCCAUUAUCUCCACUUCUCAAUCCAAGUUUUCCUGAAAAACCACAGGGGGAGGAGAAGGCUCCAACUGAGCAUAAAGCACAGAGGACAAGAAAGGACCAGGAGUGAAGAGCAAGGAAAGGAAGGAUAAUGCACAAGAUAUUGCAAAGGUUUCAAAGAGCUGGAAAGUAGUUUCUAGAUGAAAGGACAGAGUUGUCAGUAGUUCUGGUUUUUGGUUUUAACUUCUGUACAAGGCUAUUAUAUAAAGUAACUCUAAAGUAAGAAACAAUUGCUCAAAAGGAAUUUACUUUCAGUAUACAUAGGAAAUAUACUCAAGUUCAGCGGUUUCAACGCUCCUGGGAAUUUAAAAAUGUUUCAAGCCUUUGUUCGGCAAGCAUAUCAACCACUAUCCAGCCACCAGCAAGGGGAACCUGAAACGAAGUAUAAGGGGAAGCUGGUGCAUGAAACUCAGCUUAACUGUUUCUACAUCAAACCUGGAGGUUCCAACUAUGGGAGUCCCCGUCCAGCUCAUGCCAACAUGAAUGCCAAUGCAGCUGCAGGGCUUGCCCCAGAGCAUAUCCCUACUCCAGGGGCAGCUCUGUCCUGGCAAGCUGCAAUUGAUGCUGCCAGGCAAGCCAAAUUGAUGGGUAGUGCUGGCAAUGCAACAAUAUCCACAGCUAGCUCCACGCAGAGAAAACGGCAGCAGUACGGGAAACAGAAAAAACAGGGUACCACCACAGCUACACGUCCUCCCCGGGCACUGCUGUGUUUAACACUGAAAAAUCCCAUCCGGAGGGCAUGCAUCAGCAUCGUCGAAUGGAAACCAUUUGAAAUAAUUAUUUUACUGACUAUUUUUGCCAAUUGUGUGGCCUUAGCUAUCUAUAUCCCCUUUCCAGAAGAUGAUUCCAAUGCCACCAAUUCCAAUCUGGAACGAGUGGAAUAUCUCUUUCUCAUAAUUUUUACAGUGGAAGCAUUUUUAAAAGUAAUAGCAUAUGGACUUCUCUUUCACCCCAACGCUUACCUCCGCAAUGGCUGGAAUUUACUAGAUUUUAUAAUCGUGGUCGUAGGGCUUUUUAGUGCAAUUUUAGAACAAGCAACCAAAGCAGAUGGGGGGAAUUCAAUAGGAGGAAAAGGUGCCGGAUUUGAUGUUAAAGCACUGCGGGCUUUCCGAGUGUUGCGUCCGUUACGGCUGGUGUCUGGAGUUCCUAGUCUUCAGGUGGUUUUAAACUCCAUUAUCAAGGCCAUGGUCCCUUUGUUGCAUAUUGCCCUGCUGGUGCUGUUUGUCAUUAUCAUCUAUGCCAUCAUUGGACUGGAGUUAUUCAUGGGAAAGAUGCAUAAGACCUGCUACCACGUGCAAGGGGGGCUGAUAGAUACACCCGCAGAAGAUGAUCCGUCUCCCUGUGCCCCCCAGUCUGCACAUGGGCGGCAGUGUCAGAAUGGCACCGAAUGCAAAGCAGGCUGGGAGGGACCCAAGCACGGCAUUACGAACUUUGACAAUUUUGCUUUUGCCAUGCUGACGGUGUUUCAGUGCAUCACGAUGGAGGGCUGGACAGAUGUACUCUACUGGAUGCAGGACGCUAUGGGCUAUGAGUUACCAUGGGUGUAUUUUGUCAGUCUGGUCAUCUUUGGAUCCUUUUUCGUUCUAAAUCUGGUUCUUGGUGUGUUGAGCGGGGAGUUUUCCAAAGAAAGAGAGAAGGCUAAGGCUCGUGGUGAUUUCCAGAAGUUACGGGAAAAACAACAGCUGGAGGAGGAUUUGAAGGGAUAUUUAGACUGGAUAACUCAAGCUGAAGACAUUGACCCAGAAAAUGAAGAUGAAGGCAUGGAUGAGGAGAAGCCUCGAAACAUGAGCAUGCCCACCAGUGAGACCGAGUCCGUGAACACAGACAACGUCCCUGGAGCAGAUAUUGAAGGCGAAAACUGCGGUGCUAGGCUAGCGCAUCGGAUCUCCAAAUCUAAAUUUAGUCGCUACUGGCGCCGGUGGAAUCGAUUCUGCAGAAGAAAGUGCCGUGCCGCUGUCAAGUCCAAUGUUUUCUACUGGUUGGUGAUCUUCCUCGUGUUUCUUAACACCCUUACUAUUGCCUCUGAACACUACAACCAGCCUGACUGGCUCACUGAGGUUCAAGACACUGCCAAUAAGGUGCUGCUAGCUCUUUUCACGGCAGAGAUGUUGCUGAAGAUGUACAGCCUUGGUCUGCAGGCCUAUUUUGUGUCCCUCUUCAACCGCUUUGACUGUUUCAUCGUGUGUGGAGGAAUCCUGGAAACGAUUCUGGUUGAGACAAAGAUCAUGUCACCACUGGGCAUUUCAGUGUUGAGAUGUGUUCGGCUAUUAAGAAUAUUUAAAAUCACAAGAUAUUGGAACUCCCUGAGCAACCUUGUGGCUUCACUCCUGAAUUCAGUUCGCUCCAUUGCUUCCCUGUUGCUGCUCCUCUUCCUCUUCAUUAUCAUCUUCUCACUCUUGGGGAUGCAGCUCUUUGGGGGCAAGUUUAACUUUGACGAAAUGCAGACCAGGAGGAGUACAUUUGACAACUUCCCCCAAUCCCUCCUCACUGUGUUUCAGAUCCUGACUGGGGAGGACUGGAAUUCGGUGAUGUAUGAUGGGAUCAUGGCUUAUGGCGGCCCCUCUUUUCCAGGAAUGUUGGUCUGUAUUUACUUCAUCAUCCUCUUCAUCUGUGGAAACUAUAUCCUGCUGAAUGUAUUUUUGGCUAUUGCUGUGGACAACCUUGCUGAUGCUGAGAGUUUAACAUCUGCACAGAAAGAGGAGGAAGAGGAAAAAGAAAGGAAAAAGUUAGCUAGGACUGCUAGUCCUGAAAAGAAACAGGAGAUAGAAAAAACAGCUGUGGAGGAGGAGACAAAGGAGGAGAAAAUUGAGCUGAAAUCAAUCACUGCUGAUGGAGAAUCCCCGCCUGCUACCAAGAUCAAUAUGGAUGAUUAUCAGCCCAAUGAAAACGAAGAAAAGAGCCCAUAUCCCACAACAGAAGCACCAGCAGAGGAAGAUGAGGAAGAACCUGAGAUGCCUGUUGGCCCUCGACCUCGCCCAAUGUCUGAACUGCACCUCAAGGAAAAGGCUGUGCCCAUGCCUGAUGCCAGCGCUUUUUUCAUCUUCAGUCCUAACAACAGGUUUCGUGUCCACUGCCAUCGAAUCGUUAAUGAUAACAUUUUCACCAACCUGAUCCUAUUUUUCAUCUUGCUCAGCAGCAUCUCCCUGGCGGCUGAGGACCCCGUCCGACACCUCUCCUUUAGGAACCAAAUUCUCUUUUAUUUUGAUAUAGUUUUUACUGUCAUUUUCACCAUUGAAAUUGCUCUGAAGAUGACCGCAUAUGGAGCUUUCCUCCAUAAGGGCUCCUUCUGCAGAAACUAUUUCAACAUCUUAGACCUGCUGGUGGUCAGCGUUUCUCUCAUCUCCUUUGGGAUCCAGUCCAGUGCCAUCAAUGUGGUGAAGAUCCUGCGUGUUCUGCGAGUACUUAGACCACUGAGGGCCAUCAACAGAGCCAAAGGGCUAAAGCAUGUGGUCCAGUGUGUGUUUGUCGCCAUCCGAACCAUCGGAAACAUUGUGAUUGUCACAACUUUGCUGCAGUUCAUGUUUGCCUGCAUUGGAGUUCAGUUGUUCAAGGGCAAACUCUAUAGCUGCACUGAUAGCUCCAAGCAGACAGCAGCAGAAUGCAGAGGGUACUACAUUACAUACAAGGAUGGUGAGGUCAACCAGCCAAUGAUCCAGCCCCGGAGCUGGGAGAACAGCAAGUUUGACUUUGACAACGUCUUGACUGCCAUGAUGGCCCUCUUCACUGUCUCGACCUUUGAGGGCUGGCCAGAGUUGCUGUAUAGGUCCAUUGAUUCCCACAUGGAGGAUGUGGGACCCAUCUAUAAUCACAGGGUUGAGAUCUCCAUCUUCUUUAUUAUCUACAUCAUCAUCAUUGCUUUCUUCAUGAUGAACAUCUUCGUUGGUUUCGUCAUCGUCACAUUUCAGGAACAAGGAGAACAAGAAUACAAGAACUGUGAGCUGGACAAGAACCAGCGCCAGUGUGUAGAAUACGCCCUGAAGGCCCGGCCCCUGCGGAGAUACAUCCCUAAAAACCAGUAUCAGUACAAAGUUUGGUAUGUGGUCAACUCCACCUAUUUUGAAUACCUGAUGUUCGUUUUGAUCCUGCUGAACACCAUCUGCCUGGCCAUGCAACACUAUGGUCAGAGCUGCAUGUUCAAGGAAGCCAUGAACAUCCUCAACAUGCUUUUCACUGGCCUCUUCACUGUCGAGAUGGUUCUGAAAUUAAUCGCCUUCAAACCUAAGGGUUACUUUAGUGAUCCUUGGAAUGUUUUUGACUUCCUCAUCGUAAUUGGCAGCAUUAUAGACGUCAUUCUCAGUGAAACUAAUCCAGCUGAACAUACCCAAUGCUCUUCCUCUAUGAACGCAGAGGAAAACUCUCGCAUCUCAAUCACCUUCUUCCGACUCUUCCGCGUGAUGCGUCUUGUGAAGCUCCUGAGCCGAGGGGAGGGCAUCCGGACGCUGCUUUGGACCUUCAUCAAGUCCUUCCAGGCUCUCCCCUAUGUGGCUCUUUUAAUAGUGAUGCUAUUCUUCAUCUACGCUGUGAUCGGGAUGCAGGUGUUUGGUAAAAUUGCACUGAACGAUACCACAGAAAUCAACCGCAACAACAACUUCCAGACCUUCCCCCAAGCAGUGCUGCUGCUUUUCAGGUGUGCCACUGGCGAGGCCUGGCAGGAAAUCAUGCUGGCAUGUCUCCCAGACAAGAAGUGCGACCCGGAGUCGGAGCCAGCCAACUCCACCGAAGCCGACCACUCCUGUGGCAGCAGCUUCGCCGUCUUCUACUUCAUCAGCUUCUAUAUGCUCUGUGCCUUCCUGAUCAUCAAUCUUUUUGUAGCUGUUAUAAUGGAUAACUUUGAUUACCUGACGCGGGACUGGUAUUUAGGACCACACCACCUGGAUGAGUUUAAAAGGAUCUGGGCAGAGUAUGACCCUGAAGCCAAGGGGCGGAUCAAGCACUUGGACGUGGUGACACUGCUCCGGCGCAUUCAGCCCCCCCUGGGCUUUGGGAAGCUCUGCCCCCACCGAGUGGCUUGCAAACGCCUUGUCUCCAUGAAUAUGCCACUGAACAGUGAUGGAACUGUGAUGUUCAAUGCCACUCUCUUUGCGUUGGUCAGAACAGCACUGAGGAUCAAGACAGAAGGUAACCUGGAGCAAGCCAAUGAAGAGCUUAGAGCAAUAAUUAAGAAAAUCUGGAAGCGCACCAGCAUGAAGCUGCUGGACCAGGUGGUGCCCCCCGCAGGUGAUGAUGAGGUGACCGUCGGGAAGUUCUACGCUACUUUCCUGAUUCAAGAAUAUUUCCGGAAAUUCAAGAAACGCAAAGAACAGGGCCUGGUGGGCAAGCCGUCCCAGCGCAAUGCCCUCUCCUUACAGGCUGGUUUGCGCACACUUCACGACAUCGGGCCAGAGAUCCGACGGGCGAUCUCGGGAGACCUGACAGCUGAAGAAGAGCUAGAUAAGGCCAUGAAAGAAGCUGUUUCUGCUGCCUCUGAAGAUGAUAUUUUCCGGAGAGCUGGAGGCCUGUUUGGAAACCAUGUCAGCUACUACCAAAGUGAUGGCAGGAGUGCAUUCCCCCAGACAUUCACCACCCAGCGACCUCUGCACAUCAAUAAGUCUGGCAACAACCAGGGAGACACUGAGUCUCCAUCUCACGAGAAGCUGGUGGACUCCACCUUCACUCCCAGCAGCUACUCAUCUUCAGGCUCCAAUGCCAACAUCAACAAUGCCAACAACACUGCCUUGUGCCGCUUCCCCAGCCCACCCAGCUACCCCAGCACUGUCAGCACAGUGGAAGGCCACGGGGCCCCAUUGUCACCCACCAUCCGUGUGCAAGAAGCUCCUUGGAAACUACCCUCCAAAAGGACGCAUUACUACGAAACACUGGGACGCUCCAGUUCCAGAGACAGCCAGCUGGCAAUUGUUUGCCAAGAGGAAGUGUCUCAGGAUGAGACUUAUGAUGAAAAUUUGAAUGAAGACAUUGAGUACUGUAGUGAACCAAGUCUGCUCUCUACUGAAAUGCUUUCAUACCAAGACGAUGAAAACAGACAACUUACUCCACCAGAAAACAACAAAGGAGAGGACACCCGGCACUCUCCAAAGAAAGGGUUUCUGCGCUCCUCAGCACUAGGUCGAAGAGCAUCUUUUCACUUAGAGUGUCUGAAAAGACAGAAAAACCAGGGCGUAGACGUCUCGCAGAAGACAGUUCUGCCUUUACAUCUGGUACAUCAUCAGGCACUAGCGGUGGCCGGCCUGAGCCCCCUCCUGCAGCGAAGCCAUUCCCCCACCAUGUUCUCCCGGCUGUGCGCAACGCCGCCCGCCACGCCCUGCAGCCGCGGCUGGCCGCAGCAGGCCAUCCCCACACUGCGUCUCGAGGGGGCAGAGUCCAGUGAGAAGCUCAACAGCAGCUUCCCAUCAGUGCACUGCAGCUCCGGCUUCCCCGAUGGCACCGGCUGCAGCAGCCCGAGGAGAGCCAGGCCGGUCUCCCUCACCGUCCCCAGCCAGAGCGCAGGGAGCAGCAGGCAGUUUCACGGCAGCGCCGGCAGCCUGGUGGAAGCGGUCUUGAUUUCGGAAGGACUGAUGCAGUUUGCUCAAGAUCCAAAAUUCAUUGAGGUCACAACCCAGGAGCUCGCAGACGCCUGCGACAUGACGAUAGAAGAGAUGGAAAAUGCAGCAGACAACAUUCUCAAUGGUAACAGCAAGCAGAGCCCCAAUGGCAACCUCUUGCCUUUUGUUAACUGCAGGGACGCAGGGCAGGACAGUGCAGGCGAGGAAGAGGAAGAGGUGCAGAGCCCGGAUUGUAGAAAAAGUCAGGAGGAGCUCAAGGACAGCAGGAUUUAUAUCAGCAGCCUGUAGUUGCCAGGGCUGGAAGCGAUGCUGGUUUUUUAUUUGUUUCAAUGUUCCUAAUGGGUUUGUUUCAGAAGUGCCUCACUGUUCUCGUGACCUGGAGUAACCGGAACAGCGUUCUUCAUUCAUUUCUGUUGGGACGAGUCGCGGAGUUGGGUGGUGUCAGAGAGCUUUGCAGGAGCGGAUAUAUCCCCGGCACGUGGCCGUGAAGGAAGAGCCAGGAGGAGGAGGAGGAGGAGGAGGAGGAGGAGAGGCAGCUCCCCUUUUCCCAGUCCCUGCCGCAGGACCGCCGCCUGCCCACAGGCCGGCAGGACACCGCCCCACGCCUGUACAGCUCCUUUGCACGCCCCGCGCCCACCCCACGCACGGACUCCCAAGCCGCGCCCUCCGCCGGCUUGUGUUAUUUAAACCGGGUUGGGUUGGGUUUGGUUUGGUUUUCUUUCUCCAUUGGCAUUCGGUAGAAGUAUAAGGAUAGCUGCGUUUUACCAACCAUUAUGUACACCGGGAGUUUGUAACUUGAUUUGCUCGCGAGCGGCAGCUCCUUUUUUUGUUGUUGUUUUGUAAUUUAACGGCAGUAGGCAAUGCACUUGAUGUAGUCUUGCACAUCCGAGUGGUCGGUUUGGGUUCCUCUUAGUGCCACGCUUAGUGGCUGUGAGCGUGGGAGCAGUGCCGAGCGAGCAUGCACACGCAUGUGUAAGGUCGGGCAGUUCUCCGCAUCCUGGCUUGGGCCACGGGACAUCCCUACCCGGGGCCGUCCAGAUGCGAAAAUGAGCCACUGUCUGUGCUUUGAAAGGGGAAUCAGUAACUCUUUGCAUUUUCUGUUCCACAAGAUAUGCAAAAACAAUGCAAUAAUGUUAAUUUUAAAAAUACAAUUGUAAGUCGUGUUGGCAUUAAAACUGUAUAGACAAAAAAAAUUAUGGGGGCGGGGGGG